AAAGACGCUUCGCUUACGGCAACCGUCACUUCCACGGCAACACCGAGUGAGAUGGAUCUGUACCGACGAGCCAGCCAUCUGGAGAAUUACGCAGUUGAGAAGCUUAAGGAAUUGGACGACGAUAAAAUGAAGAAGAAGAGAAGUAAAUUGAUUUUGAACUGUUGCCAAAAUUCGAUGAUGUCAUCGGGUAGCACGAUUGUCGACUGGAAUGCCAUUGAAAGCCGAAGGAUUGCUGAGAAAGAAAAGGAGGAAUUAGAAAAGAGGAAGAAUGAGUUGAGAAAGAGACGUGAAGAAUUGAAACAUGAAGCUGAUGAAAUUCGCAGGGAAAAAGAACAGAUCGAUAAGGAACUCAACGGCCGUUCAUUGCCGUUGGCGAUCGCUCGUCAGAUCAGUCAACAGCUGCAUGGAUUAGCCCUGGUAUCGAAGCCGAGUCACAAAGCAAGCCGAGCACCUUCAGAUUCACUACCCACCACACCGACUGUUCACAAAAAGCAGCUUGGUGCACCACCUGCAAGGACUCCGUCUUUAACGAACUGCGCCGCUCCGACGUUGCCGUCACCAUCACAUCAUGCUAAAAAUGGUAUAAUUAAGGCACACUGGGUCGAUGGGACUCAUGUCCGGCGAUGCAGUAAGCCACGCACGGAUCGGCGGGAGCGCAAGGUCUCCGAAGAGGGUCGAAAGGAAAAAACGACAUUUCCAUCGCCAUAUUCUAAGGUCACAGACCCGCGGUUGGUCGACGGCCCACCAAGUAGUGGCCGAGGUUCUGAUGACGCGGCAUCGCAGUGUCGUGAGAAGAAACGUCAGAGCUAUUCAGCGUCUUCUGGCUAUGAGUCCGCUGCUGGUGACUACCACUCAGCAUACUAUCUGUGUAAAGAUUCCCGAUUCGACCAAAGAAAAGCUGUGGAUAAGAGGCUUGGUCUUGGUCGAGAGGCCGAUAGCCUUCGUGAACAACAAAGACGACUUAGAAAGGAGCUCCAAGAAGCGAAAGCCAUUAUAGGACAGGUCGAUGAUGCCAGGGCCAUUUGUCAUGACAACAAAGCGACGGGCAUUAGUCAAGCAACCCUUGUCGACACCCUGAAGCAGGUAAAAAACGAUAGACUUGCAUUUAGUAACAAUUUUGGGGUCCGAAAGCGUUUCUCUGUUUAG